AUGAGCUUUACGUAUGGCACUGCGAUCGAUGAUAAGCCGGUGGUGGUCAAUAGUGACCAUGCUAGUAAUGGUGGUUACAGUCAGGACAAAACAUUUAAUGUCACACAUGCAGCAGAUGCUACCGGUAAGGCCCUCCAACCUCAACUGGAUGUUAAUAGUAAGGAUGAUACCCACCAACUGGAGAGUGGUUUUGUCUCUCAGAUGUACAAUGAAAACACCGUGAAAAAGACCAAGUCUUGCCUUCGCAAGUUAACUGGAUUUUUCAUGUCUAAAGGUGAAAGCCGUCCUUUGGAGCAUAUCCCUUCUGAUGAACUUGAUUCGCUACUUUGCUCAUUUUUUAAAGAAGCACGUAAAUUGGAUGGUGAUGAAUUUGAGCCAAUGUCACUGGGUGCCUUUCAGUGUGCCCUGGAUCGGUAUCUCCGCCAGCAUAAAUACCCCUGCGACAUCCUCUCAGAUCACAAGUUCGCCUUGUCUCGGGGUGUUCUCAUUGCCCGCAAAAAGGAACUCAGAAGCAAGCAGUUGCGGAAAGAAAAUGAAAGAAAAGCUGUCCAUGUCAAUGGUAACCAGCAAGAGAUUAUUGAUUGUACAGUGCAAUUUUGUGAUAGUUUGCCUAACCCGAAAACUGACCAAAUAGAAUUGGCAUCAGGUGCCAAUGUUAGAAAGACAGUGAAUAUUGCCAGUAUUCAAGAUCCUAAAAGAAUGGUCACAGAGGCCAAACAGCCAGAAGUGGAACCAGUAACAGUUCCUACCCAAGUACCACAGAAUCUGGAGAAAGUCUAUGAAAGUUCCUCCCAACCCCACAUGCGUAAUGUUCUGACUGUGCGUAAAACUAUUUCCUGUAUACGAAGGAUGACUGCUUUCUUUUGUGAAAAAGGUGAAGAACGUCCAGUUGAACAGAUUCCUCCCAACGAAUUAGACAAAUUGUUAUGCUCUUUCUUUCGAGAGGUCAAGAAGCUGGAUGGUGGAGAGUUUGAACCAAUGUCUCUCAGUGCUUUCCAAUGUGCCCUUGACCGUUACCUGCGUGAUAAAAAUUACCCAUAUAACACCCUGACGGAUGUAGACUUUGCCUUGAGCCGAAGUGUUUUGAAUGCAAAGAAGAAAGAGUUGAAAGAACUGAGUAAGGGAAAAAAACCAAAUUCUACAUUUGAGCUGACCCAAGAGGAAGAAGAUGCCUUGUGGAAAGACGGCAGUCUUGGUUGUAUCACAAAUGCCUCAUCUUUACAAAGAACAGUCUGGUACUUUAAUCGCAAAUUGCUAGGUCUGAAGUGCAACCAAGAAUCAUAUGAACUCAAAUGGGGUGAUUUACAGCUGAAAUCGGACCCCUUAAAAGGGGAAUACCUAGUUUAUAAUGAGCGGAUUCAGAAAGCCAGGUCAGUGCCUCCAUUGACAGCAAUGUCGGGACCAAAGUCAGAUGGCAACAACAAUAACAUGUGCAUAAUCUGGCCAGAUCAUAAACGAUUGGAUCGAUGCCCAAUCCGUUUCUACAGAGAAUUUGCUAAGCGAAGACCACACUCUGCCUGCCUACCAGAUUCCCCAUUUUAUCUAUCUGUCAAACUGAAGAGAAUGCCAGAUGACCAAAUUUUCUAUAAGAAUUGCAACCUGGGAAUCCACAGCCUUGAAAAAAUGCUGAAACUCGUCAAUUUACUGCCAAAUCCGGUUACUGACAGAACAUUAAAUACAGGAAGCAACAAUGCAAGUGUUUGUGACCAACCUCAUCAAUACCACAAGAAGUCGUAUAAUAAACCAGAUCUUCCUAAUUCAACAGCUGUAAGUUAUCUUGCCUAA